AGUCCACAACAAACGGAGGAGAGCUCGCAAAACAAAAAAGCGUGUCCCUGCCCAAGCUUGUGACGUCGCAUCGAACACGGCAGCAAGCCCACUCCACGGGCGUCACGACGCAUCUCUCCCUCCUCUUCACUCGGCGCGUCUCCGUCUUCUGCUGCGCCAGAUACACACACACACACUAUAUUCGUACAUAAAGGAAAAGGCUCAACCGAAUGGACAAGGCGAAGACACUGGAAGUUCUCCGUGGCAUGAAGUUCAUGCAGCGGAAGGAGGAGGCGAAGCGCCGCGCGACCUUCGAGGUAGCCCAGCGUGAGGAAAUCGAACACCACCUACACGCCGACAGCACCAGCGGCACCACGGCGGCGCCAGGCAAGCGCAGGGGCGGCCCCGCACGUGCCACAGUCCUCUACGAUGACGCCCUUCCUUCGAACUUAUACGGACUUGCGCGGCGUUCGUUUACCGACACCCUGGGUGAGCCCUCCGACCUAGAGACAUUAAGGGAGGUGGGUAAGGACGACGGCGUAGGGACGUCCUCCUCCCCCACGGCCGCUGCUGGGGAGCACAACAACGACAUCGACGGCAAUGCGGUGGACAGUGGUGAGGAAGAGGUGGAGGACUUGUGGGGCAGCGAAGACGCGAGCGAGGGCGACGAUAAGAAGGCCACGGUAGAAGAAGACCCAACGGCUGCCCCGGGCCGUCAUCUGCCCCGAAAGAAGAAGUCCGCCGCGCACCGGCACACCAACAACGCGAGCAAAGGUGGCCGCCAUGACGGCCGCUUUACCGUGCAGGCCGCCGUGCGAGCGCCGAAGCUGCCGCGUCGUCUUGAGGAGGCGAUCGCCGAGGAGGAGCGACAGCGCAAACGGCGACGUGCCGAGGAUGACGGCGACGUAGGUUCUUAA